CUCACACAGCAACAUGGCGCCGCUCAGGACGAUGGGACGCAGCAGAGGAACCGUGUACUCUCUCUCUCUGGUGAUUAUCCUGCAGCUGCUGGCCGGCAGGUGUCUGUCAGCUCCCGUUGACACUACAGAACCCAAUGAAGAUAAAACGGUGGUAAUUGGAUCUCCAAAUGUGCCCAUCGCUAACCAGGACACAGGACUCGCGUUGCCGCCUGAGAUCAGCCCCACAACUGUAGCAGAGCCCAAAAACGCUGAUGACAAAGACUCCGCACCAGCAACGCCUCCCGAGGACGACAAGGCACCUGCCGCUGACACAAACAUGCCAGUUGAGGUCAUUGCAACCUCUCCAGAUAAACCUCAGCAAAAACCCGUCAACACUGGGGCCCAAGACCCCGUCAGCGCUGGGGCCCAGGACCCCGUCAGCGCUGGGGCCCAAGAUCCUGACAGCGCUGGGGCCCAAGAUCCCGACAGCGCUGAGGCCCAAGACCCCGUCAGCGCCGGGGCCCAAUACCCCAUCAGCGCCGGGGCCCAAGACCCCGUCAGCGCUGAGGCCCAAGACCCCGUCAGCGCCGAGGCCCAAGACCCCGUCAGCGCCGGGGCCCAAGACCCUGUCAGCGCCGGGGAUCAAAAACCCGUCAGCGCUGGGGAGCAAAAACCCGUCAGCACUGGGGCCCAAGACCACGUCAGCGCUGGGGGGCAAAAACCCAUCAGCACUGGGGCCCGAGACCCCGUCAGCGCUGAGGCCCGAGACCCCGUCAGCGCUGGGGCCCAAGACCCUGUCAGCACUGGGGCCCAAGACCCCGUCAGCACUGGGGCCCAAGACCCCGUCAACACUGGGGAGCAAAAACCCGUCAACACUGGGGAACAAAAACCCGUCAGCACUGGGGAACAAAAACCCGUCAGCACUGGGGAACAAAAACCCGUCAGCACUGGGGAACAAAAACCCGUCAGCACUGGGGAGCAAAAACCCGUCAGCACUGAAGAGCAGGACUCUGAACCGGGCCUGCUGCAGACCACUGAGCAAGGACCCAUUGAUUUAGAUGCCUACACAGAUGAGGAUGACAAAGACGACGAAGAUGACGGAGCCUAUGGACAGAGCGACGACCUCGACAGCGAUGACAAUAUGGAGAAGACUGACAACGAAUACCUUGAUGUUGCAGUUGGGGACAAAGAGCAGACUCUGAGCACGCACCAGCAGUCAGGCAGGAUUGAGGUGAUACAUAACAACGAAGUAGAGAGCUACAACACAGAGGACGAGGACUCGCACUUCUUCUUCCAUCUGGUCAUCCUGGCUUUCCUGGUGGCCAUCAUCUACAUCACCUAUCACAACAAGAGGAAGAUCUUCCUCUUAGCUCAGAGUCGGCGCUGGAAGGACGGUCUGUGUUCCCGCAACAACGUGGAGUACCACCGCCUGGACCAGAACGUCAACGAGGCCAUGCCGUCCCUUAAGAUGACCCGUGACUACAUUUUUUGAUCCACGUUCUCAGGACCCGUGUCCGGACCUGUGCAGAGCCAGUCGGCCAUCUUUCCUCCCGGCAGGUUGCAUUGUCACGACGCUGUGCUAUGUCCUGGAGCUUGAUAGAUGCUUUCUCUUGCUUUACGAGCCAGUUGCAGAGAAGGAGGUGUUGUCGUCUUUUGGAUAGAAUAAUGUGCAGGAUUUAUUUUUUACUCUUCAUCUGUUAUUCCUAUAUUUUAUAUUUUAAUAUGAUUUGCUCUUUGUUUUUCUAAAUUGGUAACUUGGGAUUGAAAUAUAUUUAUCUUUGUUUUUGGUUUAAGCCUUAUGGUCCCUCUGCACCUAUAUUUUCUUCUUGCAUUCUGUCAUAAUAUAAUUUAAUAAUCAAAAUAAGAGUUCGAAGAUUUAAACACUAAUGUAACCUUUAGGUCAUAAUAUAAUGCGUAAUAAAAGCAGUUGAAUAUUUCCCCUCAAGAUUUAUUGAUGAAGAUUUUCUGUAAGUCAGUGGCCAAGAUGGGAAAUGACUCGUUUUCAAAGCACUUGUUGUGUCAGACCUACUUUUGUAAGGUGUACGUAUGCAUACAGGAGUUAAAGUAAAAAAACACUGGGUAAUUUGAAAAAGAUAUAAAGUUGAAAUAUAUGUGUUUUAAAUAAACAAGAUUAUUUUUUAACUUAUAAUUUCUUUAACAUUAAGUUCAUGAUUGCAUUAAGCAUCAAGUUAAAAUGAGUCUUUAGGUGAAGGGUAUGUUCAUUAAGCCAUUUCAAAGAAGACAGAUGCUGUAUUUAGUUCAGGUUUCAAUGAACUGAUCGUGUAUGGGAGAAGCUUUUUUUUUUACGACCAGACGUUUCCCCUCUUCAUCAGUUCAUAUUUAACUCGUCUGAUAUGGUAUCUCUUCUUCUUCUGCCCAGAUUUUGCUAUGUAGAAAUGCUGGGGCUGGCCCUCUUUGCUUUUUAUGACUUCGGUGAAGUCUCUAUCAACCAUUCUUCAUCAUACUUGUGGCAAAAAAGCGACCGUUGUUUUCCCUCCUGCUCACAAAGAUUGAACUAGUUACCUUCCGUCAAAGUAGGAAGUUGGUGGACUGUUUUUGUUGUUCAUCAGUUUGUUUUUUUGCACGCUCUGUGUGGCCUAAUGUUCUCGAGCACCAUUUCUUUGUCGCUGGGUCUUGCCUUGAGUUAAAUCGCUGUAACCACCACAUGAAUCCUCAUAUUUGUUAUCAAUCUUUUGUCGCCUUCUCUCAGUUGUUUCCAUCUGUCUUGUCCGUGAACGGGGUAUUCAGUGGGUAGAUAGAUAAUGCGAUUUGCACUGUGCCAUCAGAGAAUAUGGGCCGAGGGUGGGAGAUGACAGAUCUUGCAAUCAACAGUAGAAACUGUGCAAUCUUGUUUUUGUCAAUAAAGCACAAAUUGUGUACAGAG